CGUCAGGCAGGUAUCGUGCGUAACAACUAGUUGAAGAGAAGAAAUGUUCAAGUCUCCGUGGUCGGUCAGUCCUGGUUGGUCUGGCGGCAGUGUCGGACUGCUGUUAGGUACAUGCGCUUACGUUAGAGAUAAGUGUGCAAAACCGAGUUAAAAUUCGUAUUACGUCUGCAUGGGCUUAAAAACAUUUGCCUCAGAUCUUCUUGGCUGAAACAUUCAAUGAGUUAUUCACUACGAUAAGGAACUCCGAGCUCUGUGUGUGAUAAGAAGUGGAUUUAAAACAGCAAGCGGUGUAUUGUUCUGUGCGCACAGCAGAUUUUUCUAUCAACAAUAGAAUUCCGAAGUGAUCUUUGAGUAAUAAUUCUGUGUAUUCAUUAAUUAGUGAACCCAUACGAACGAAAUUUUCAAACUAUCCGCUGAUUUGAUUUUUUAUGGUGCCUGAAGAUUCGUGUAUAACAAAGUGAAUAGCUGUAAGUGGUAAUCACAAAACUUUUACACUUAUCUGCGAAUAAAACCGGAAACUAUAACAAACUGUUUUUAUAAUUGCUGACAACGAUAAGUAUACCAAUUAAUAACGCAUGUCAACACGUCAAUAACUUACCAUUAGCUACUUCUUGCUACUGAUCGAAGAUAAGUCGAUUGAUCGGCAUUGAAGUACCAUUGAAGGUUACAUCUGAUAAAGUUGUGUUAAUUUUUUUUAAACAAGAAUAUCUUAACUGUUAAAGACAAAUUAGGAAGUGAGUUGCCAAGAGCCUGUAAUUUAGUGCUAGCUAGUUGGUGGUAUACAGAAAAGGUAAAGCGAAGUAACAUUAAUCGAUUUUAUGUUAUAAAUAGUUCUACUGACAAUGUCAACGAGAAUUUCAAUUUAUGUGUAAGACAUAAGAAAGUAUUAUGCUGAAACUGUUCCCUCCAUAAGUGUCAACAAUCACUGAUAAUAGUCAACGAACUUUCCUCCGGGAAACAGAGAGAGAGGGAGAGAGAGUGUUUCUUAUACAAUUGACAACCGGAAGAAAGCAUACGUGUGCCGAGAAAUAUUACUCAAGGAUAAUAAGUAGUAAUUAAUACAUCUGAAAAUACUUGUUUAAUUAUUAUCUCAACAAAUCCCGUUCUUACUUAGCCGUUGGGUUACGCCUGGCACAUCUAAUUGAAUAUUGUGUAAAUAUUGCUUCUAUUACGAGUCAACAAGGAAAUUAAUUUUUCAUCAAAUGAUAACAGUUCUCUUUUUCCUGUGAUACUAUUCUUUAUAAAUUACAAGGUGUAUAUGUCUUGAAGAGAAUGGAGUAAAAAUAAGAGGUCUGCUAUUUCUAAUGCUUUUUGUCAUCGAUAAUUUGCUGCAAGUUUUACCUUUGACACAGACCAAUGCGAGAGAUCUUCUGCACUAACCUACUUUGUUCAGCAUGGCAGAAAAUACAGCAAAAAAGAUAAUUUAUCCUUGGUUUUAAAUACAUUUGCGUGAGUUGUGGCGAAUCAAAAUAUGGCACAGAAUUCAAAUCUAUUAGUGAAAUAUUAGGAUUCACGUGAAAUACCAAAAAAGUAAUGAUAUAUUGCACAAGGCUAUCUGGUUAUACUGCUUUAUGGUAUUCAGUACAAACAUGUGAAAGUUGAUUUAAAAUAUUAGAGUAAGCAUCAUACAAAUGUGUUAAUUAAAAUAACAGCUUCAUACUGCAGAAUUUGUUGAGACUUUCAAGAGUCCGUUAACACAAGUGCCGCAUGCAGAAGAAUGGACAACUUUUGUGUACACUAAACUUUUUUAAUGAAGUGAAGUUGAACUUACACACUUAUAUUAUGAGAAGUGAAAUUUUAUGAGGCUUUUCAAGAGGGCGUUUCCGGAUGAGACUUCAUCUUAUUACUGUCUCAAAUAUUCAUGCAGUACCAGACGGUGAGGGCAACUGAACAUGACGGCAGAGAUUCCGGUGUGGGUGAACAGCCGGCUACGGUGGGUGACUGGGAUCGGACGCAAGACUACAUGUGACGACGUGAUUGCCGUCCUCCGCAGUGAGGAGGAUGGAAGGACACGGUCUGAAGAAGCGACGACCAGAACACUUCAGGAAGGACAAGGAUUCGCCAUCAUGGAGCGAUGGCGAAGAAUGGAACGUCCACUGGACGGCCGAUCCCGCAUCCUGCGAGUGUGGAACGCGUGGGGAGAUGCUCAGGACGAAGUGCGCUUUACGCUGAAACGAGUAACAGACUGGGAGGCGGACAGUGGGAGAGGAAGCCCGGGGAGGGAUUCCUGCAGUGCUACCCUGAGCAGGCGAAGGAAACAUCACCACCGUGGCACGAAAUUGCCCUGGCCACCGCAUCAUCAGACCAUCCACCCGCGUCGACUGGCCCAGUUACAUCAUCAUCAUCAGCAACAACAAAGCCGAAAUAAUUUCAGCAACAAGUUACCGGAAACCAUCGAGAGGCUAAUGAAACUCAUACUCGCUCAAGGAGAAACGAUUCAGAAUCAGCUUAGAAGAUUACACGACAGGGACCACCAGAUUGAGUGCAUGGAGAGCGAGACACACCGCACAAGAGUGGAGACUCUCGGUUCGAACUACUUGCUGGAAACGUACCUGAAGCGUGGCUCGGAAGAUGCUGACGAGGACGACGAGGAAGAGAAGGGGGAUGACAGUGGCGUAGUGACUGAAGGUGGUAGUGACCAGAAUCCACCCACACUACCAGAAGUUCCUUCUUCCACGGUGAACAGUGCUGAACCAUCAGCUGAUGGGUCCGAACCCGCAGUUGAUCAAGAUGACGCGACACUUCUGAAUUUGAAGACCCGAGUUGAACUGUGGGAGAAGCUAGCGAAAGUGAACAAGAGACUUCAGAAAGAAGAAGAGUGUUUAGUGCGUCUCCAUAUUAAGUUCAGGCGAUACAAAAACAGUCAAGCGGAAGGGUUAAGACUACUUCCGGAUCAAGAGAUAGAUGAGGAGAGUUUCCGGAUUAGGGACGCGCUGCUCAGGGACCUGGAAAGAGUCCGCCUGGAGCUGGAGCAAGGGACGAGGGAACUCGAGCACAACGCCCUGGUCCUUGCCGAGACGGAGACUCUCCUGGAAGCCCGCCGACAUUACUUGAAGAGACUUCAGGCAGAGCUGGAAGCGUCAGACAUUGGGACGGACGAGAUGUUGGUGACACAGCAGUCGGCUGCUGGACACCGAAAUGGGGGUACCACCACUGCGACCUGCAGUUCUGCCAAUGAUACGGACUCAAAUUCUGACACAGGCCUCAGCUCCUUGCACAGCAGUAGUGAGGAGGGUGUCUAUGUUCUUGACACUCUAGUUUGAUAUCGACAUUGUUGUCUUGGAAAUAAGACUGAGUUCAUCAAAUGACACAGUUUACAAAUGAGAUAAUUUUUUUAAAAAACUUCUUACUACCGGCUUUACUCAUAACUACAAAAACUUCAUGAGCACGUAACACUGAGAGCUUGUUAGAUAAUGCGGUGUGUUCCACUGAAGUAGGCCUACCUAUCUAUAGUCUGUUACAGGGUACUUCAAUAAACAUACAGUAAUCGCUAUGACAAUGAUUAAAUCACAGGAUACUUAAUUAUUUGCCCACUCGAAAAACUGAAUAGUAAAUUCUAAUCCCUUUUCAGACAUCAAUACAUGUCGGUGGACUGUUUCUAGCGUGUUUUUGUCGAUAUCGGCCUUGCAAUGUUAUGAAUAUCAUUCCAAGAAGUCCUUCCAAAUUUUAAGAUUAAUUUUUUUUUCGGAAAUAAUUCUACAACGGAUCAGACCAGAAGGGACACAGUCCGGUGAAGCUAACAAAGAAGGUGAAAUAUUUAGCUUGUGUGCUUAACGAGGAAAGUGCGCACUCUGAAGCUACUGCAUCAUUUGUAGUCAAAUUGCAUAGUUACCUAGAUACACAAAAUAAAUUGGUGGUUUUCUUGACUUCCCAUAUUGGUAAUUUUCAGAAAUUGAAACAAAUUUUCUGACUUCCUGGUUUCAGAAUUCAGUACACUGUGUUAACCUUACAGAUUUCUCUCCUCUGAUUCCACAUGUAUUCAGAAACUAACCCCCUACUGUAGCUACCCUGGAUAACCUUACCUACGCCUUCUCUGUACUCGAAGCCACAAAAUUUUGAGAUUUUAAAUGAACUGACUUUUUUUUUAAAUACUAACCUAAGAAUAUGAUCAUGGAGUUCCGUUUGAUGUCAAUAUUAAACCAAGACAAAACAGAGUAGUAUUGAAGUAUUUAAAAAAUGUGUUUAAUUAAAUUUAACAAGAUAGUAAGGUUGCCACUAUUUAAUAUUAACGGACAUAAUGGUACUUACGGUACAGUUUUUAUGUAACUGAAUAUAAAAUGAUGUCGAGGCCCCCAAAUAAACUGAGAAUUACACCCUUAUGUUAAAUCCUUUGCCUAAUUCAGCAACUCUCAGUGCGGUCACCGGACAUAUUGGCAAACAAUGCGAUCGAAAAUGUAGGCAAAAAGUAGACUAAAAACUGUUGGAAGUUUCGGUUUUAAGGCUGGAUUUUGUAUGUGUGUGUUCUGAAAAAACUCAAAACCAAAAUGGUGCAAGCAUCAUAUAUAUAUAUAUAUCAACACAUACAUAAAAAUUAUAUUUGGAACUGAAUACUGUGGCGGAUAAUUUUGUUCGUGAAUGCCAGCAAGACCAAUCUGUUGCUUCAGAACCGCUGAUCCAAGUGGAGUAGGAUAUAGAGCAUGAAUGAUCCCCCCCCCCAGAAAUUUAAUUU